CUUCCUCCGCGGCCGAGCGGAGCCGAGCGCGGCCGAUUCCCGGCGAAGGCGGCGCGAGGCGAGGGCCUCCCUCCCUUCCCCCUCCCGCUCUCCUCACCUCAGGCGGCGGCGGCGGCGGCGCUGAGGAGAAUGGCGGCGGCAGCGGCGGGAGGAGGGCCGGGCCCUUAGAGCGGCUCCAUGGAGGACGCGGCGGCGGCUGAGGGACGCGCCCGGCACCGGCCGGAACCGGAGGCAAUGAUGCUGUCACCUGGGCACGCCAUGACUGCUGGAGGCUUGAGAACAUAGCUGAAGCUGCUACUUCAUACCCAGAAAGUCUGAGGGAGCAGAAAAGAGCCUUGAACCUUGAGGUGGGUCGUUAACUCUAAGAUGUCCUUGAGCAGUGGAGCUUCCGGAGGGAAAGGAGUAGAUGCGAACCCAGUUGAGACAUAUGACAGUGGGGAUGAGUGGGACAUUGGAGUAGGGAAUCUGAUUAUCGACCUGGACGCGGAUUUGGAGAAGGACCAGCAGAAACUGGAAAUGUCGGGCUCCAAGGAGGUGGGGCUUCCAGCACCGAAUGCUGUGGCCACGCUGCCGGAGAACAUCAAGUUUGUAACCCCAGUACCAGGCCCACAGAGCAAGGAAGGCAAGUCCAAAUCCAAGCGGAGCAAGAGCAGCAAGGACAGUAGCAAGGCUGCUCCCGGAUCCUCUCUGUUCACUGCGGCUGAAGGGACCAGUGGCAAGAAGGAGGUUCAGGGGCGCCCUGGGGAUGGUGUGAACUCUGGCAGCCUGGUGGCUGCCGUCGGCCCAAAGGGCACGGAGAAAUCGGCCAAGGCAUCUCGCGGUGUGGCUGGUUCAAAGAAGGACAAGGAGGGGAGCUCAUCCAAGAGUAAGAAGGAAAGGAGUGAGGGUGCGGGUGCUCCAGCAGAGAAGGAGCCUGGUGUACUCCAGCCUCUUGCAUUGGCUGUCAGGGUUGGGCAGUAUGAUGGGGGCCAAGGAUCGGAACCUGCUGCCGAGCAGCUUGGGAGUAUAGCUAUUGACACGGGAUCGGCGCUCAAUCCUUUGGGAGUUAAAUCGGAGCUGGAAGAUGGCGACAGCGAGUGCCGGCAGCUCAAGAAAGUCAAAUCAGAGAAGAUGGAGUCUCCAGUGUCCACCCCUGCAGUGCUGCCACUGCAUCUUCUUGUUCCCGUUGUCAACAGUGAUAUCUCAUCACCGUGUGAGCAGAUAAUGGUACGCACUCGCUCUGUGGGGGUGAACACCUGUGAUGUGGCCCUGGCUACCGAGCCAGAGUGUUUGGGCCCCUGUGAACCUGGCACCAGCGUCAAUCUGGAGGGCAUCGUGUGGCAGGAGACGGAGGACGGUAUGCUGGUGGUGAAUGUCACCUGGAGGAAUAAGACUUAUGUGGGGACGCUGCUGGACUGCACACAGCAUGAUUGGGCACCACCCAGGUUUUGUGAUUCUCCCACCAGUGAUCUAGAGAUGCGGAAUGGUCGUGGGAGAGGCAAGCGCAUGCGUCCUAACAGCAACCCCCCCAUGAAUGAGAGCACAGCAGCCUCAGAGAGCAAAGGGACCAGUAACAGUAGCAAGACUCGGGCAGGGGCCAACAGCAAGGGGCGCCGGGGUAGCCAGAAUUCUUCAGAGCAUCGCCUCCCACCUGCUGGCACGUCUGAGGAUGUCAAGGCCAGCCCCUCAUCAGUGACCAAGCGGAAGAGCAAGCCCCUCUCUGACCUGGAGGUGAACUCUAGCUCUGAGGACUCUAAGGGGAGCAAACGUGUCCGCACAAACUCCAUGGGCUCGGCUGCCACGCCAUUGGUGGUUGCAGCAGCCGCUGCAGCUGCAGCCACAACAGUUAAAUUGGAACCUGCCAUUUUGGACAGGAACUGUCCUUCCCCUAUACUCAUUGAUUGUCCCCACCCCAACUGUAGCAAAAAGUACAAGCACAUCAACGGGCUCAAAUAUCACCAAGCCCACGCGCACACAGAUGACGACAGCAAGCCUGAGGCCGAUGGUGAUAGCGAGUAUGGGGAGGAGUCGUCUCUCCCAGCAGACCUCGGCAGCUGCAAUGGCGCUUCUGGUAGCCAGAAGGGAUCAAUGUCCCCUGCUCGGUCGACCACCCCCAAAGUGCGCCUGAUGGAGCCACACAGCCCCUCACCGUCAAGCAAAUUCAGCACUAAGGCUCCUUGCAAAAAGAAGCUGGGUGGUGAAGGAGACCCCGACUCAGGUGCUCUGUCUAAUGAUGGGUCUGAAGACGGUCCUUUGGCGGCUGAUGAAACGAGCAACGAUGGCUUUGAUUCCGUGGAGAAGAGGAGCAAUGACAAAGAGAAGGUGAAAAAGCCUGUCAGCGUCAAGUCAGACAAAACCUCUUCCAAGAGCAUCAAGUCUGCACGACCCAUUGCCCCAGCCAUCCCACCACAGAUCUACACCUUCCAGACAGCCACCUUCACUGCUGCCAGCCCUGGCUCGUCCACUGGCCUCACCACCACAGUAGUUCAGGCCAUGCCCAGCAGCCCCCAGCUGAAGCCCAUCCAGCCAAAGCCAACCGUGAUGGGAGAGCCUUUCACAGUCAGUCCUGCACUUACUCCUGCCAAGGACAAGAAGAAGAAGGACAAGAAGAAGAAAGAGUCCAAGGAAACCGAGAGCCCUUUGACACCUGGGAAAGCAUGUCGGCCUGAGGAAGGAAAGAGCCCCUUCCGAGGAGAGCCUGGUGACCUGGGGGCUAAAGGGGAGAGCCUUCUGAAUGGCUCCUCUGACCCCCACCAGAGCCGCCUCGCGAGCAUAAAGGCUGAGGCAGAUAAGAUCUACAGCUUCACUGACAAUGCCCCAAGCCCGUCCAUUGGAGGUGCCAGCCGACUGGACAGUGCAGCCCCCACACAACCUAUGACGCCACUUCACGUCGUCACUCAAAAUGGUGCUGAAGCCAAUUCCGUGAAAACCAACAGCCCGGCCUACUCAGACAUCUCGGAUGCAGGGGAGGAUGGCGAAGGCAAGCUGGACAGUGUGAAAGCCAAGGACCCCGAGCAGCUGGCCAAGGAAGGGGCCAAAAAAGCCCUCUUUCCUUCUCAGCCUCAGCCCAAGGACUCUCCUUAUUACCAAGGUUUUGAGGCUUAUUACUCCCCAGGUUAUGCACAGUCGAGUCCUGGUCCCAUGAACCCCAGCAGCCAAGCCAGUGUGGACAGUCAGGCCCUGAAACUGAAGAAGGAUGAGGAGCCCCAAAGCCCUGAGGUGAAGGUGAAGAACGAGGCUUGCGAGGAGAAGAAGGUGGAGUUGGGCCCCUCCAGCCAGCAGCCCUCAGUCAUCCAGCAGAGGUCCAAUAUGUACAUGCAGUCCCUCUACUACAACCAGUACGCCUACGUGCCUCCUUACGGUUACAGCGAGCAAGGGUAUCACGCCCACCUGCUGAGCACGAACCCCACUUACCGGCAGCAGUAUGAAGACCAGCAGAAGCAGCGGCAGGGCUUGGAGCAGCAGCAGCAGCAGCAGCGGGGGAUGGACAAGAAAGCAGAGCUGGGGCUGAAGGAAAGGGAGGUCACACUCAAGGAGGAGUGGAAGCAGAAGCCAUGCCUGCCUCCUACGCUGACCAAAGCCCCUAGUCUGACGGACCUGGUCAAAUCGGGACUGAGCAAGGCCAAGGAUCAGGGGUCCGAUGCAGCCAAGUCGGUCAUCAUUCCUAAGCUGGAGGAUUCCUCGAAGCUCCAAAGCCAGGCAGUGGAGGGCCUCAAGGGGAAGCUAAGUGAGAGUAGCCAUCUGGGCAAGGAGACGGUGGAGCCCAAGGCCAGUUCAGACUGUGGCCGGCAGGCUGAGGUGGACCCAGUGCUUUGGUACAGACAGGAGGCAGAGCCCCGCAUGUGGACCUAUGUAUACCCUGCCAAAUACUCAGACAUCAAGACAGAGGACGAGCGGUGGAAGGAAGAGAGAGACCGGAAGUUAAAGGAGGAGAGAAGUCGCAGCAAAGAGCCAGUGACCAAGGAGGACGGGAAGGAGAGCACGAGCACCGACUGCAAAGUGCCAUCCAGCGAGGAGUCGCGCAUGGCGGGGAAGGAGGCCAGGCCCAGCACCCACGUGCCAGUGUCCUCUCCCCUCAGCCAGCACCAGUCUUACAUCCCUUACAUGCACGGCUACUCCUACAGCCAGUCAUACGACCCUAACCACCCCAGUUACCGCGGCAUGCCCACCGUCAUGAUGCAGAACUACCCAGGUUCAUACCUGCCCUCCAGCUAUUCAUUCUCCCCAUACGGCAGCAAAGCUUCUGGGAGCGAAGAGAGUGAGAAGUCCCGCUCCAGCCCCAGCAUCGGCUGCAAAUCCAGCUCUGAGUCUAAGGCCCUGGACAUCUUGCAGCAGCAUGCCAGCCACUACAAGAGCAAGUCCCCUACGAUAGGCGAGAAGACUCCUCAGGAGCGAAGUGGCUGUGGGGUGGGAGGAAGCAGCGCAGGCUGCAGCAGCGUAGGGGGCACCAGCGGUGCCGAGAGAAGUGUUGACCGGCCUCGUUCGUCUCCUUCGCAGCGCCUGAUGUCCACACAUCACCACCACCAUCACCUGGGCUACUCGCUGCUACCAGCCCAAUACAACCUGCCCUAUGCAACAGGCCUCUCAUCGACAGCUAUUGUGGCCAGCCAGCAAGGCUCUGCUCCUUCCCUAUACCCCCCGCCCCGGAGGUGAAACAGAAUGUGACGUGAUCGGCUAACCGAGGCUGCACCAAGUCAUGUGACUGGCUCACGUGAGGAAGCGCUGGAUAUUGCAUUAGACAUCAGUUGAAUGGUGUUGAUUUGUUCUGCUUGACGGUCCUGCUGUAAUGUGAGGCAGGCUCCCCCCUCCCCUGUUUGAACACAAGCUGAGCCCCCGUAUGUGUUGAAUUGUGGAGCUGGGACUUGCAGAAAUAUUUAUUCACCUGACGUGGGGGGUGGGGGUCAACUGGCCUAUGUUUCCAGAAUUCCUCUGGAGCAGGGACUCUGCAGUGGUGGUGGGCCAAGCAACGUGGCCUCACAGGACAUUUGGAACACUAGGGAGGGAGUGAUGUGGGCAUGUCGGCCCUGGGUUCCGGUCACAGUUCACCUGCUCCUGGGCUACAGCCAAGAUGGCUACUCCAGAAUUGGCUGGAGGCUGAGAGAAUGGUCCAGAUAGAUGUUAUUUGUACUAGUGAUACACGAUCACCCAGCACAAACAGGUAGGCAGGCUUCUUGCGAAGACCCCAGGGAAGAGAUGCUUCUCUUGUCUGAAGGGGAGAGGAUUGGGUGAGGGGAGGAAAAGAAGCAGUGGCCUGCAGUGAGCACAAGCCUCCCAUGUGCUCUUUGGCCAGGAACAACACUGAAAGCUCUGUAGCACUUUGCCUUCCAGUCUGCUGCUCCGCUGCCCCGGUCCUCCUUUCUGGGUCUUUUUGAAAUAGCUCUCCCUGCAGGCAGGACUUGCGUGUUGCAGUGGCAGAUGCUCCUUUGCUCUACAGCACAAAAAUGGGACAUCCAGUUCUGCCUAAAGGAGGGCCUUUUGGCAGGCUGGCCCUGCUCCUGCUGGGAUGGGCAGCCACUGCUGCCUAGCAGGCCUCUUUCUCCACUCUGCCAGAAGGCUGCUGGCUGCCUGUUUUUCUGCCUUCUCCAGGGCCACCCUCCCAUCAGUCCCCCCCUCCCCAAUCACAUGGAAACAUGCAUAUGGAUCUGGUUAAGUUUCAGGCAGGCAGACAGGUUUUCAUUUUUCAUGCCUGUCUUUGGUAGUCUUUUCCCUGCCAGGGAGGUGAAAUUUGAAUGCAAGAGCCUUUGGUUUUGCUAAGAUGGGAUAGAGGGAAGCAAGGCCUGGCAACUGGCAGUUCAGCUGGUUGGCAACCCUGCCACAGCUGUAGGCUUUGCUUGUCAGAGGAUUUAACCUGCUUUUGCUAAGCGCCCCAUGGGCUUUCUCUGUCAUUUUACUACUUCCACUGUAGGGAAAGACUGCCUGUGCAUCACAGGCCAAUGGCCAGCCCCACGCCAAGUAUCCUUGCUGAAACUUUUGGAUGGCACUCUGCCUAUGCUUAUGGGAAAGAAUUUCCUGCCCCCUUUGUUCCUCCCGCUGCAGAGUGUUCACCUUAAAUAACAGCGAGGGCCUUUGAGGAGCUGGAGCUGUGUGCCUGUACUAACAAUGCAAGUCAUCGGCUCAGUCCUUUCUGUUCCUGUCUGUACGUUGUGUGAGGCCUCCCUCUGCCUCUUGGACUUUGUAUAUACUGUAAAAAGGAAUUGUUUGAAA